CUACGUAUUCAGGGGCCGGCUUUCCAGUAGAGCACUGGUGUUUCUAUUAAGAAGAGCAGAAGAGAAUAUAAGGAGUUCAAAAGUCACACAGGGAGUAUGUCGACAACGAUUCGUAUCUCUACGUUCUUAGCAGUCUUUGCCAUUUUCUUUGGCCAAUCGAUGUCUUGCGACUCUUCUCUGCCAUCGGGUAAGGACUGGGCUAACGAUUGGGACUUGCCGAUGAAUUUCGAGUGCGAAAACGGCAACGCAAUCACUUCGCUGUACAGUUUCUGGCUGGGCUGUAAAAAUGAUCGCGUCUGGAGCUUGGAAUGUGGUGCUGUUGGGAAAUUCAACAACGAGAAAAAGUGCUCGCUGACCGCGGAAGUAAAUGAGUGGGAUGGGCCACUGUUCAAAAUGUGCGAUGGCAACGGCUAUGUGGGCGGAUUGUCCAGCGUACAUGACAACGGCAAGGAGGACCGAAGGUUCAAGGUUCUAUGUUGUAAGUCACCCAAUCACCGAACAACUGAUUGCUACACCCAGAUCUUGAAUGACUUCCGAGCUGUUAUAGAUUACACGGUGCCAGAAGACCAUGUGAUAGUUGGGUUCUACAGCUAUCACCGAAACGAUAAAGAGGACCGUGCUUGGCAGGCCCGUGUUUGCCGUGUGCGAAAGAUACGCUGAGCAUGUUAAUCGACGAUCAAGGCAAUUGACAAGACGUCAUGAAUUAUAAGACAUUGGUGCAGGGAUCAAGGAUGAAUAAAGUGUAGGGUUCUCUCGAAACAGAAAAAUAAAAGUAUU